AUGCUGGAAAAGGAGUUGAGUCGAAGUCAGGAAGAUUGGAAGUAUCUUCCUCAGCCGCCGUACCCAUCAAGCUUACUCCAGCAGCCAUAUCCUAAAGGCUAUGAAGCACCAACCUUUGUCCUCUUUGACAGAAGGAAGGGGAGCCCGAAGGAGCAUGUCAAUCGCUUCAUUGAUGCCUUGGGACCAUAUGCUAGUGAUCAUAAUCUUCAACUUAGAGAAUUUUCAAAGAGUCUCACCGAUCGUGCUUACACAUGGUAUACGACGUUGGCACCAGGCUCUAUUCACUCUUGGGAAAGCUUGGCAAGUAGGUUUUGUAAGAAGUAUUUCCAGCAUGAAGAACAAAUCACCACCACUCAACUCAACAACACUCGCCAAAAGCAUGGUGAGGAUCCCGUGGACUUUGUGCGUAGGUUCGAGGAACUGGCAUUGGAUUGCUACAAUGAGAAAGAUGAGGAGGCGCUUGUUGAAAUCUGCAUAAGCAAAAUUGUGGCAGAUUAUAGAGUGUAUUUGGAGAAUAUUGGCAUUAGUCAAUUUUCUCGGCUGCUGGAAGCUGUGAGGAAGACAAGCAUGUCCGUCAAGCCAACAGGACAAAGGACUUGGAGGAAUGAGAAGAAGGAAGCGCACCAGACAUUAGCAAUAGAUGACAAGCCAUCCAACGACUAUAAUUCAUGCAAAGAUGAAGAAUUUCAUGCUAUCCUUGACACAAUGAUUGCUGAUGGCGUAAUCAAGCCUGUCAGACCCUACAAAAUUCCCACUCGAGAGGAAAGGAAUGAUCCUAGGUACUGCCGUUAUCAUCAAUUUGUGGGGCAUCCAACUACUGCCUGUCAGAGUCUCGGGAGGAUUUUACACGCCAAGAUACAUGAGGGAGUCCUUGAACUUCCCUCUAGGAAGGGAGAGGAGGUAGAUGCUGUCAUUACAUGCUCUGAUGAUUUGCUCGAUGAUGAUGAAUUGUGCCACCCUUGGAGGAAUGACCCAAAGCCGCCGAAAGCUAUAUGGGAACCUUGCGGAAACAUGGAGAAGACAUAUUGGUGUAAAUAUUCGAGGCCUUCAAGUUACAACACACCAUGGCCGCUCGCUGAUGGAUGGGGUAACAACUCAAACAGCGAAGUUUUUGUUUUAGACAUACCGGAAGAAUGCUACUCGGGGGCUUUAUCGGGGCAACAGGAAGCAGCUGCUGUGACAUUUCAUAAUCUCACGGAAGCUGAAACAAGCGUGAUGGAACAUUAUUUAAGUAUGAAACAGGGGCCCACAGCUUCACAGGUCCUUCAAAGAAACCCGAAGUUCAAAUCACACUUUGACCAACUUGGCUUCGAGCCUCAAGCAAGAGAAGCAGCUGUUGUAGCUCUGAUGAAUAUCUCUGCGGAGUCUAACUCUCAUUGCUUUACCGCUCAACCACAAAGGUCAUUUUUGGAAAAUGACAAUGCUAUUGUCUUCACGGACGAAGACAUGGAAGUUCCAUACCCGGAUCAUAGGAGGCCACUUUAUUUGGAGGGACAAAUCAAUGAUGUGUUCAUAAGGAGAGCUUUGGUAGACACGGGUUCCUCUGUCAACAUAUUACCUCUCAGUUUCGGGAAUAAGAAUGAGGUCACAGUCGGGCAUCUGCAAGUAAAUUUGAAGGUUGGGCCAAUUUGGUCACUUACUAAGUUCUAUGUCGUGGAUGUGGAUGUGGCUUACCAUGCUUUGCUUCGAAGGCCAUGGCUCAACAAGCAUAAAAUUGUGGUCUCUACCUAUCAUCAAUGCGUAAAAGGAAGGAUUGGGCUGAGGCCACUACGCAUACCUGGGAAUCAAGCACCGUUCAACAAGGAUGAAGCUCACUAG